AUGCGAUGGAGCACCAUCCUUCUGCAGAAUUUGGCCUCUUUUAUGGUUGGGAAUAUAAGAGUGUUGAUUUCAAACCUCCACUCCGGACAAACUGAAGAAAGACCAAAUGCUGAAGUGACUGUUUGGCCUGAUAAAUAUGUAUUCAGAAAAGAAAAUGUCACUCUCAGAUGUGUCAUCAAUAGAGGAGGAGCCACUGGCUGGGGGUACAGCUGGUAUAAAGAUGAUUUAGAAAUUCAGCAGGAUAAACUCCAGUAUUACACAAUCAGUUCUGUUACUGAGUUUCACGCAGGUAUAUACACCUGUAAAGGAACAGAGACCAGAGGAUCACGAUACUCAAACAUCAGUAAUGCAGUUACACUGACAGUAUCAGGUGAGUAUAAACCACAGACAGUUUUAAGUGUUUCUCCAGACCAGUGGUUGACUGAAGGAGAUUCAGUGACCCUGAUGUGUGAGGUUAUAAAUUCAUCUACAGGCUGGACAUUCAGCUGGUUCACUGUACAGAGUCUUAACUCAGAUUAUAAGCCGGUGUCAGUCAGCAGUGGAGGAUUUAAAGGCAUCAACACAGUGAGUUCAGUGACUGUGAAGACCACAGGAGUUUAUAUGUGCAGAGCAGAGAGAGGAGAUCCAGUCUAUCACACAAACAGUAACACAAAAAUACUGUGGAUCACUGGUGUUUCUCCUUCAGUCUCUCUGAUCAUCAGACCCAACAGAUCUCAACACUUCUCAUCUGAAUCUCUCUCUCUGCGCUGUGAGGAUCACAGUAACUCUACUGGAUGGACAGUGAGAAGAUACACAGACAAACUGAACCCUUGUUCAUCAUCAGACUGGAGAUCUACAGGAACAACAUCUACAUGUACAAUCAGAUCUCUCUACACAUCUGAUACUGGAGUGUACUGGUGUCAGUCUGAAUCUGGAGAGAAACUUCAUCCUGUUAAUAUCUCAGUACACAAUGUUGAUGUGAUUCUGGACAGUCCUGUUCAUCCUGUAACUGAAGGAGAUCCUCUGACUCUACGCUGUUUAUAUCGAUAUAAAAACCCCUCUAACCUGAGAGCUGAAUUUUAUAAAGAUGAAUCAGUGGUGCAGAAUCAGACUACAGGAGACAUGAUGAUCAUCCCUACAGUCUCAAAGUCACAUGAGGGUUUCUACUACUGUAAACACCCAGAGAGAGGAGAGUCUCCAAAGAGCUGGAUCUCAGUCAGAGUUUCAGGAAAUUCUCAAGUGAAGAAGUUUUGCUUCAACAUGAUCACUUUUCCACUGGCAGUUUGUCCCUAUCUGUUAGCGACAGUCGUGCUGGUUGUCAAAUACCACAGAUUAAGAGGUGAAACAUCUGUCUGAUUUAUUAGAUCUUUAUACUUGAUAAUCCAAUUUAUAUGUAAAAAUUUGUCAUCAUUUACUCACUCUCAUGUUUCUUUGUUUUGAUGAACACAAAGGAAGAUAUUUUGAAAAUGUUUUGUAACCAAACCCCUCGUAGACCCCAUUCACCUCCAUAGUAGGAAAAGAAUACUAUGGAAGUAAAUGGGGUCCACAAACGGUUUGGGUAAUUAAAUGAUGACAGAAUUUUCUUUUUUGGGUGAACUAUCCCUUUAAUCACCUUUUUGGAUCAUAUUGCUUGCUUGCUUGAUCAUUGUGGGUGUUUAAGCCACCUUUCUUUAUAAAAAGUAUUUUUUAAAGUAUAAAAAAGUAAACUAUAUAUUAAAAUGUAAGCCUCUAUACAAAAUAAAAUCAGGUGAAAUUGGUAUCUGUUUAUCUUUUAUUCAUGGAAAUAGAAAGUCAUGAUGAGACAACAUCGCAAUAAUGCGAUACAACAAAAUAAUUAUGAGUCAGAUGAUUGGACUGAAAAUGUAGGUGUAACAUCAAAAUCAUCCAGUUGAUUUAAGUGGAGGGAUUGACAAACAAGUUUAUUCAAGACAAAAUUGAAUCGCUUUCUCUUCAAAUUGUUUACCAAUCAGUCAUGCACGAGAUUAGUAACAUGUAUUGAAUACUGUAAAUGGCAUUUGAUUUCAUGUUAAAGUAAAACAGGUUCCAAUCCAUUAUCCAAUCCAGAUUAUAUACAUAAUUUUCAUCUGAAUGCAAACCUUAAUUAACAACAUCACAGUAUAACAGCUGUAUAUUGACUGAUAAACUUUGGCUUCUAUUGAUUAAAAAUAUGUUCAAAUAUGUUGUUAAA